CCAACGACCCCAUCGAUCACCUCCAGUCGCUCGCCGAUCGAUAUGAUGCUCACGUCUUCCGCUGCUGGCCUCCUCGCCGCCGCCGUCCUCGCGCUGGGCAGCGUCGUCGUCGUCGUGGACGCGACCGUGGUGACGACGUGCAGGGCGGCGGCCGACAGGGACGGCCGCGUGGACUACGGCUUCUGCGUGGCGGAGCUGGGCAAGCACCACGACAGCCCCGGCGCGGACGCCUGGGGCCUCGCCAAGGUGGCCGCGCUCACCGGCGUCGUGGACGCCGACAACGCCGUGUACGACGUCAGGGACAUGCUGGCCAGGGCGGCGGCGGGGCGCGACGUCGCCGCGGCCCUCGGGCGGUGCAAGGAGCUGUACGGCGCGGCGGGGUUCGCGUUCGCCGAGGCGCACGACGACAUCAACGGCCGGGACUACGCCGCCGGGAAGGGCAAGGCCGCGGACGCCGCGUCCCUCGCGCGCCGGUGCGACGCCGCGUUCGCCAGGGACGCCGCCGUGCCGCCGGUGAUCGCCCAGCACAGCUCCUACGCCUCCAAGAUUGCGAUCAUCUGUACGGCAAUCACCAAUCUCAUCGAGUGAGUGAGAUCAAGAUAGACUACUACUGUUGUUUGUGUAAUUACGCGUCAUCAAGCUUGUAGAACCCAUAUCUGGAUAUCGUCAAUAAGAAAAGUGUGGUUAAUUAAUUAAUUUCCAUCAUUUUUAAUUUGUUCGAGAUUCUGUCACUUGAUUGAGGAAGUAACGGUGUACUCCAUGCAUGAGCUCAACUUUUGACCCUAUU